AUGGUUCGUAGUACGACAGUUUUUGUAAGUCUCUUCCUGUUUAUGUCGCCGAAAGAAACCGAAAAACAGAUCUCGGAUUUGGGAGAUUGUACGCCCUUCAGACGACAAUAUGGUACUGUUAUGGAACGCGUUCUGCCUAAGGACUACCGAUGGUCUAAUGCUACGAUACCAUACGUAUAUGAUGGAGUUUUUGAUGCAAUUGAACUAUCGAGCAUAGCCGGCACAAUGGAGCUAUUAGCCGCACAGUCCUGCCUACGAUUUAAGCAACGAACCUCAGAAAACCACUACCUCGUAGUAUCUAACCGGCUGGGAGCAGGAUGUUGGGCAGAUACAGGCCGCCAGCCACAAGGACAAACGUACAUGAACCUCUCGCAACAGUGCACUAAACACCCCGGAACGAUACUGCACGAGCUGAUGCACGUGAUUGGUUUGCUGCAUCAACAUACGCGACCCGAUCGCGAUCAUUACCUGUGCGUGUUGUACGACAACGUAAUGCCGCAUCCCGUGGCUCAAUACAGCUACGAAAUCGUUCGACCUUGGACGGAUCUUGCAUUCCCGUUGCCUUACGACUUUGAAAGCAUUAUGCAUUAUACGCCGGAGAUGUACAGUGUCGCACCGGGCCGAUUGCCCACCAUGGUCCCACGCCAUCCCUGGAAUAACAUCGCAUUGGGUCAAAGAGAUCGACUUACCGACUAUGACGUGCUAGGAAUACAGUUCCUUUACUGCCUGUAG